CUGGCUUCCUGCUGAGUCUCCACUCUGUCGCUGCUGCUCCGCUACACAACACACUCUCAACUUCAAGAACCGGGGAAACAUCGACAUUUCGGGUGGAGUGGUGUUGUGGAGCUCAAGCAACAGGACUACAGACAUCAUGGUGAACAUCCCAGAAUACUAUGCAGGGAAAUGUGUGCUGAUCACCGGAGCAACAGGCUUCAUGGGCAAGGUGCUGCUGGAGAAGCUGCUGAGGUCCUGCCCAGGAGUUAAAGGCGUCUAUGUGAUGGUCAGGUCAAAGGCUGGUCAGAGCCCACAGGCACGCAUUGCUGACAUGAUCAAUGCUAAGUUGUUUGAAAGACUGCAAGAUGAGCAGCCAGACUUUGCAGAGAAGAUCAUAGCAGUGAACAGUGACCUUACACUGCCAGAGCUGGAUCUUAGUAAAGAGGAUCAGAGCAUCCUGGCUGACAACAUUAACAUUGUUUUCCACUGUGCUGCCACCAUCCGCUUUAAUGAGCCACUCAAAGAUGCAAUGCAGCUGAAUGUCCUGGCCACCCAGAAGAUGCUGGCUCUGGCCCACAGAAUGAAGCACUUGGAGGUCUUCAUUCAUGUCUCCACAGCCUACGCUAACUGUGACCGAGAGCUCAUUGAGGAAAUUGUAUACCCUCCCCCUGUAGACUACCGCAGACUCAUUGAUUCUCUGGACUGGAUGGAUGACGAGCUGGUGUCUGCUCUGACUCCCAAGCUGAUCGGGGAGCGUCCCAACACCUACACCUACACCAAAGCCUUGGCUGAAUAUUUGGUGCAGCAGGAGGCUGGAGACCUCAAUGUAGCCAUAGUCAGACCUUCCAUAGUUGGAGCCAGCUGGAAAGAGCCCUUCCCAGGUUGGAUUGAUAACUUCAAUGGGCCGAGUGGAAUAUUCAUUGCAGCUGGUAAGGGGAUUCUGCGCACAAUGAGAGCAUCUAAUGAUGCUGUGGCUGACCUGGUGCCUGUGGACGUGGUCAUCAACGCCACACUGGCUGCAGCUUGGUACACUGGAUCACAGACACACAACAGGUCUAAAAACAUCCUGGUUUACAACUGCACGACUGGUGGGAUCAACCCGUUUCAUUGGGGGGAAGUUGAGUACUGUAUAAACAUGACCUUCAAGACCAAUCCCUUAGAGCAGGCCUUCAGAAGGCCCAAUGUCAAUCUGCGCUCCAACCCCUUUACUAAUCAGUACUGGACCACUGUCAGCCACACGCUGCCAGCCCUGCUCUAUGACGGUUAUCUCAGGCUGACAGGCCGCAAGCCCCGGAUGAUGAAGACAAUCACACGCCUCCACAAAGCCAUGAUGGUCCUGGAGUAUUUCACCAGUCACUCCUGGGUGUGGAACAACGACAACGUAGCCAUGCUGAUGGCCCAGAUGAGCCCAGAUGAUAAGAAGGUGUUCAAUUUUGAUGUCCGUCAGUUGCACUGGGCGGAGUACAUGGAAAGUUACUGUAUGGGCACCAAAAAAUAUGUCCUCAACGAAGAGCUGUCAGGCCUGCCUGCUGCACGCAAACAUCUCAACAAGCUGAGAAACAUCCGCUAUACCUUCAACACCAUUCUGGUGGUGCUCAUCUGGCGCGUCUUCAUCGCCCGAUCCCAGAUGGCCCGAAACAUCUGGUACUUUGUGGUGAGCCUCUGCUACAAAUUCCUCUCCUACUUCAGAGCUUCCUCCACCAUGAGAUAAUGAGCUGGGGCCAGGGUGGCAGGCGGCAAGGCUAAGGGGGCGAAGAAAUGAAGAAACACUGGCUGUGGAUGAUGAGAGGCUCCUGAGCUUACUGUCUCUGGCCCCGUGUUCGUCCUGACACUCCAGGAUUAAAUGGAAUCAUUAAACCCACAAACAAAGACAAAGCUAUUGGACAAGCCUGGAGUCCACAGCAGUCUAAAUGUUGCAUAUCUCGGAUUCAUCUAACCUGAUCUCUAGCAUUUCAUAAAACACUGAGAGCAUGGAUUUAUCUCACAAUGUACAAUGCUCAGACUAACAGCACUUGGAGUAGUUAAAGAAGGAGGACCCCACGCCCUUAUUCUUUUCAUUUCCAGUCAGUCUGGCCCCCCUUUGGCAACAGCUUUACUCCUGCAGUCUUUAAGCUCUGGAGCACCCAAACCUGCUCCUCCUCUUCUGUCUGUUCGCCUGGCUGCCUGCAAAAUAAAGCUAUGCAUUGGAUGAUGCUCCGCUGCAAAAAUCCUCAGCUGAUUUUGAGUCAGUCCAGGCUUCUUCUUCUGUACAUGUAAUCUCUCUUUGAAGGAGAACCACUCCAACUGCUGCAUAAGUUGUAUUUCUCUGCUGUCACCUGAAAACAUAACUCCAAUUUUUUAUUUUCCUUUUUUUUCUUCUCUCUUGGGGUUUGUGUGCCGUUCUUGUCAAUUUUCUGCUAGAAAGGCCUAUUGAAAGGUUUUAAAAAAAAAAAAUAGUUACAGAAAUGUAUUAUAAGCAGGGUUUUCAUCUGACAGCAGCUUUAGCUAGGCAAAGCACUCUCAGCUUCUGGGGCAUUGGAGCCGGUUUUGCACAUUUGGAUGAAGGAUGAUUCUGUACUGACUCAGUGAAGGCUCGUUCAGGGACAGGCAAACCUAGGAAUCAUUGUUAAACUCUUUCUUGCGCUCCAUACCCUAAGACCAAAGCCAUUUCAACCAAUGUUUGACAGUUGCACUGACAGCUUGGUUUGAAAAGAAAGUUGACAUUGCAGGUGCUUAUGGGGGCUUGCUUAUGCUGACCCAUCCCCCACCAAGAGUUGUCAUUGGCUGUCUUUUACUCUUCUGCUUGGCAAAGAGUAGCUCAACAACAUUGCACUCCCAUUUGUCCCCAGUGAACUGCAGUGGCUAGUUCCCUAAUUACAACCAAGCACAAUGUAGAUUGUAAUACAAUGGCUUUAUCCAGUGCCUACAAACUGAUUGUUCUUGCAUCAGCAAAUCUUGCAAAUCGAGCUUCUUCUUCUACAGGUUCCUUGUUUGUCGUGUCUGAAAGUCAUUCGUGACAGUCUUAAAGCUAUUUUUGCCAAAAAAAAAAUACCUCUUAGCUAACAGACACGUAGCUCAGUAGAGGAUGGAACAGAUGGAGUUGAGAUGAGAAAUAUUGUCACUUUUGGCUUCUUUUUCUGCAUUAUGCUUGAGAUUUCCAACUAUUUCAGUCCCGGUUGACAUAUUGAGUGAUCAAUGUACACUGUCGGUGAUAACUCAUAAUUAUUCGUCUUUGUUAGCACACUACUUUUCAGGUAGCUCCAACUGUAGCUCGUCAUCUUUGUAAAAAAAAUAUAUAUACCAUAUUUUCCCAGGUUUUUGUGUUGUGUUCAAGUGACUAAUGGAGCAAAGAAUUUUUGAAAUUGGUCCAGUAAUGAGAGAGACUGCUGCAGCCACAGUGGAAAAACAGGCUGCAAUGUAAUCCUGCAGGUACUUGAGCACUGUCAGUUUAUGUCCGUUUGAAUUGGUUGUUUUUUUUUCACUGACAGGUUCAGAUUGUUAUUGUCUGACAGCAUGAUGGAAAGGAUCCAUACAGAGAAAUUACCUUUCGCUGAUUAAGUCUGUUUAAUAGUGUACAACCAAGUCUAUCUCAAGGAUGAGUAGCAAAGGAGGAGCUCAGGUCUCGUUCUGAAAUCUCAAGGACUUUUCCAAGUUAUCGAAAUCAGCUAAAUAUUCAGCCACAACACAACCUGAAUUGCCCAACACAACAUACUCUCCCAGGCACUCCUUUCUCCAACCUUCACUAACAUUUCUACCAUUGUUUUCCUGCAAUAAGUCACCUCUUGCGAGAGUUCAGAAUGAGUCUUCUGCUUGAGCAAGACUUGGUCACAAUAACAAACAGACCAGCGAAAUGUAAGAGAAAACAUUUAAUUUCUCUGUAGAGUCUGUUCCAUAAUGUCAGACACUUCUAAUAACAAUCUGAGCCUGUCAGUGGCAAGAACAAGCACUGUUGGUGAAUGUAUAAUAACAGUGCACAAUUGUCCACAGGGAGUACAUUGCUGCCUGUUUUGCCACUGUGGCUGCAGCAGUCUCUCUCAAUACUGGACCACUUUCAGAAAUUGUUGUCUCCAUAAUUGUCUCAGACACAAACGUGGGAAAAUGGGGUGCAGGUGAAUACAAACCUAAGUUUCCCUUUAUGUCAUUUUUAUGGUUCAGUCUGUUAGUUACUUGUUCAUUUACUAUCUUAGUUGCUUUUGUUAAUAACCUGCUGUUAAACUGUUCUGUUGCCUUGAUCAUUCUGUCUGGUUACAUAGGAAAUGUGUCUUUUCAGGCAAGAAAUGUUGGCUUGUUACAGAGUUGGUAGGUAACAUGAGCUGAGGCAGCAUUUUGUUGCAUCAAAUUUCUCUGGGUUUUUAUAGGAAUUAACCCUCAUUGCCAUAUUAAGUCUUCUAUCAAUAUACCUGAGGUUUACCUGUGCAUAUUUGUCUUGUCUGUUACAUAUUUCUCAAGCACACUACAAUGUUCCAAACAGCAGGGUGUGACGGUGUGCUCAUCUUUGGUUGUGCUUGCAUGUGUCUUCUCAAAGUGUCUUAGGCCAUAGCAGCUUCAAACACCUCCAUGUACAUCCUGUGAAUGUCCCAGAUUCAUUAGGGAAUGUGACUUUGGUCUUUUUCACUCGCAGCAUGAGCCGUUUUACAAAGGAUCAUGUGACUCGGUGGAAAGAUGCACCCUUUUGGAAAGACGUGUGAAUCGUGCCUGAACUUUUUUCAAUAUUCUAACAAUGUGAAAAGAGAGCAAUCAGAUCUAUGUUUUCUAAUUAUUUUGUGUACAGCUCUAUUUAGGUAGACUUGAAAAUACAGAUGUAUUUUUAUGCUAAUGACAUUGCGUGGCUAUUUUACUGACAAGAAGCUUACUGAACCAACUUCAGCUGCUGUAAAUAAUACUUUAAAAAACUAAAUAUGUAAACAGAAGUGCAGUAUGUCCACAGCUCAAUUUAAAUGUAAGUUGCUUGUGACUUAACUGUAUAUGUACAUGUUCUUUUCUCUCUUUGAAUGUAAUAGAAUAACACAGCCUGACUUGUUUGCACAGCCAGAAUCUUCCUCUGACUCCUGAAACAAGAAAUUAACAAUACUGUAACUGGCUGUAAUUUUAAAAUUAGGCAAGUGUUUGUUCAUUGCAGUGCCGUGCGAUCCAUUUUUGCUGUUGUUAUCCCCAUUUCCUUGUGACAGUGUGAGUGAGUUGGUCAGUUUUGUCAUGGUGAAUGGAUGUCAUGCUCUUGUUUAGUGUUGUGUGAGGAAAAAAAUGGCAUGUCUAAUUCAGGGUUUUCUUUAAUUUGUUCUAUUGGUUUGAGAAGUGAGAGCAGUGGACGGGUCCUUUUCAUGUUCUCACUUUCGAUAUCGGGAACUACUGAAUCAUACCAACUACUGUUCAUCAAACAGGGCAUUGUACACAAGUUACAUCAGCAUCCGCUCCACUUGGAGCAGAUCCUAAAUGGAGUCAAAUUAAUCCAGUAUACAGUAUAUAUGAGAAGCCCCUGAAAACAUGGUGUCAGAUACUUCAGUACAACAUGAAACAUUCAUAACUGCACAAUAACCAAAGGAAUAGUUUGACAUUUUGGAAAAAAUGAAAUUGCUUUCUUGCUGAGAGUUAGAUGAGAAAGAUUAAUACCACUCUCAUAUCAGCAGCUAGUUAGCAUAGCUUAGCAUUAAGACCGGAAACAGGAUGAAACCACUAGCCUGGCUCUGUCUAAAGGUAACAAAACCAGUAACAAAGAACUGGAUACAGCGUCAAAGGCGGGACCCCAUCCAUUCCUAUGAACAUUGCCCAGUUGUGCAUGGAGCCUAAAAGAUGUUCAACUGCGAUAGAUAAAAUUACCCAGAUCUGCACUGCUUCCACAGUUUAGUGCUCCACUAACUUAAAUGGGAAUGAAAUGAUUUUAUCAUGCAGCUUCUAGACUUUCCAAAUGUUUUCUGACCAAAUAGAUCAAAUUCUUAUAGUGAAACAUGUCAAUUCAGGGGGCUGUGAUGCUCAAAAAAUUCAUCCACUGUUUGACAGAUGUAUUUUCUGCUAAUUAAGUCUUUGGAGAAAAGUCUUUACGGGCCAUAUGGCAGCAAGAGAUAAACUUAUUCCACUGUUUGGUCACUUCAGAAAAUGUCUUUAAAGCAUGACACACUUCCUGAGGGCCUGACCAGCACCCCUGGACUUCCUCGAGUCUCUGCUGGUCUCCCAGCAACCUCACUGUGACAAGAAGACUCUAGACUAACUCAUCAACGUGAAGUUUACACUUAGAUAUUUGUACAGAUUAAACAAUGAGAUACAAUAUAUUAAUAAGUGAGCUGAUAUGUAGAUUUUAUCAUCUUUGGACAGAGCCAGGCCAGCAGAGUUUACCUCUUUCUAGCUAACAGCCACAUAUUGAUCAACAGAAAUGAUUGGCAACAAUCUUCUCAUUCAGUUUUUAGCAAGAAAGAGGGUUGGCAUAUUUCUGAAAAUGUCAAACUUUUCCUUUUUAAUUUAGGAAAAAGACAUAUAGGAUUAAUUUCAGGAUCAGGACUGUGGCUGUGGUUGGAUUAGAUUUGAAUGAGACUGGAGUGACCUCAGAUUUUGAUUCAGAUGUUGCUAUAUGCAAAUUGGUACACAGAAAUGAGUGACGUCACCCUUCUCUAACUUACUCUGGCCCACCUCAAAUCAGUGAGAACACGAACGAAAAAAUAAAUGCAGAAAUGUCAUGUGAAAUAACUGACCUGGCAUCAUAUAGGACCUUAUGUCUCUUAUUUAAAAAAGCUGUUUGAUAAAAUUGAUAUACAGGCCCUUAGGGAACUUGUCAUUCUGAAUGACGGAUCACAGCUUAUUGAACUCGCAUUUGGAUUUGGCGCUUAAACUGAUUAAUAGAUUAAAUGAUUCUUUAGUUUUCCCAUCAAGCUUUUGUAGGGCUGAAUGCUCAUUCUUUAUGGAUAUUUAAAAACCAUUUCCUCCUAAAACUUCUGUUGAUACACUGUUGUAUUCAUGUGAAAUGUUACCAGUCUGGUUUUUCUUGCUUCUUGUUAUCAUGCUCAAAGAUUAUGUUUGCUCCAUUUUUACAUGGCCAACACAACAUAGGUCCAUAUGCUUUAGCUGUACUGGAGUGCUGAUAAGCUUUUCUUAGAGGUUGUGAUCGCACUUAGACUGGUUAGUGUCAAUGUUCAUUUUUUAAUGUGUUCAUGUGGCUCUAGAGGUGACUUGUUUCAUCGCUCCUUUCUUGAGCAGCGUGGUGAGCACAGAUCAGUGUGUUCACUCUCUGAAAGAGGGAAAGUAGUUCUUGCCACAGUCAUUGUCAAUGUGAAACUCCAAAAACAAUAAAUCAAUGGGUGCCUUUUUGUUUGUAAACCAAAAAGAAGGAAUAAACUGUGUUUAAUCCUCCUCCU